AAGUUAGGUGGAGCCACAAAACAUGCAGAUACUUCCACGAUAGGAAAAUUUGGGUUAGGGUUUACCUCUGUCUACAAUCUGACAGAUGUUCCAAGUAUCAUCAGUGGAAAUACAAUGGUUAUUCUUGACCCAAGUGGCUCUUACUUGGAAAAACCAGGAUUGAAAGCAAAUCUGAAAAGUGCUAGAAACAAAGCUACAAUGAGGAAUCAAUUUAAACCAUUCGAGGGUGUGUUUGGUUGUGACUUCAAUAGAGAGGUAAUCUGCAAUGGCACUUUAUUCCGAUUUCCACUUAGGACAGAAGAGCAGGCACGUAAAAGUGACAUUAGUAAUACUUGUUACACGAGGACAGAGGUAGAGUCUCUCUUCAAAGAGUUUGUUGAUGCCUGUGGAAACCUCCUUCUGUUCACACAGAAUGUGAAAUCUUUGAAGUUUUUGUUUGUGCCCUCUGAAGGAGAUCCUCGAGUACCACAGCUGUUGGUAGACGUAGUAAAGCAUGUUAAAAUACCACCUGCUAUCCUACCACAAGGUGACAAACUAAAAAGUGAAAACAUUUUGGUUUAUGCGUCAAACAAAUGGCAAAGACUAGCACAGCAAAACGAGAGCUUAUCAGUAGCUCAAAGGGCUGACAUUGAGAUAGAUCUUUCCAACAACAUAAAAGAGUUGAACCUGGUACACAGUGGGGGGCGAGCAAAGGUGGAGUGGGUUAUUGUAUGGAACACAGGAGGAAAGGAGUCCUACACUUUUGCAUUAUCUGGAGUACUGAAAGAUUUGCUCCCCCUGGCUGCAGUUGCCAUACCGAUGACAAAACUGAGCAUGUGUCCCUUUGGGUUCUACAGAAAGGGACAUUUCUUCACUUUCCUUCCACUACCAAUAGAAAAUUCAUUUCCAUUUCAUAUCAAUGCAACAUUUGCACUCAAUGAAAACAGAAGAGAGCUACUUAAAAGGAUGGAGGAUGACAAGACCAUACAUGGAGUUGUAUGGAAUGACAUCUUACUUCGUGAUGUUGUGCCCAGAGCAUUCAUUGCUGCAUUGAAAUACAUAGACUUGAACUCAGUAUCAACAGCAGAGUAUUACCAGCUGUGGCCCACCAGUAGAGACUGUUUUGGGUCGAGUUUCUACAAAAUGAUUGUUGAUGAGAAACAUGAAGUCUUUGUUGAAGAAAGUACAAAACAAAGAUUGCCUCUCAAUACCAUCUGGUAUCUGGAUACAUCCAUAAGAAACCAACCAAACAUAGGAGACAUUGCUUUGAAAGCUUUGGUAAACUUUUGGAAACAUAAAAGUGAAGUUGUUGUAGACAUUCCAAACAAUGUCAUUGCGUGUCUCAUCAAGGAGAGAGGUGCCAAGAAUCGCUGUGUGGCAAGUCAAACAUUCUACUGUGAUGUGUUUUUCCCAAAUAUUGAGGAUGAAUAUUUGUUACCAAGAGACAGGGACUCUCUGACCAUCUCUGCUAUAAAGUGCAAUGACAUUGCAACCAAUCAGCAAGUGAAGGCUACGAAAUGCAUCCCAACAUCUAAUAAGGGCACGUUAAGACGACCUCAGGAUUGCAUUUGUCCAUCUGGAGCAUGUGCUAGCCUGUUCUCAGAAGAAGAUGACAUGUUCCCAGACAAACGUUUUAGGAAGGGGACAGUUCUUGGUGGUCUUUGUAGAGCUGGAAUGAUAGAAGAUAAUUUGCCCUGGAAUGUAUAUGUAGAAAGGGCGAGUACAGUGUCUGAAUUGUACUUUACAGAUUAUCAAAAGGCAACUCAAAGGUGUCAUAAUCUAUUAGAGUAUCUGGGAGGCGACACAACGUGCCCACCAGUUAUUCUUCAAAAACUUUUAAAAAUCAGGUUUUUGCCAGUGCUUCAACGUCCCAAGACAUGGAAGUUCGUUUGGAAGGCUGAUGAAGCAGACUCUGGUCUGUCAGCCCCAAAUGAAAUGUUCAGAGAGGACACAGUGAAUUUGGUUGGAUGUACUCAUCUGAUUUUGGAUGAAUCUGAACUGGAUUUCGUCAAAAAGAACAAGAUAAUCCCUGCUGCUCUUCAGUUGCUACAAGUGAAGAACAGUUGUGAAGUUACCCUUGAAAGUGUUACAGCGCAACUCCUUUCUGUUUCGGAGUCAAUACAAGAAGGUCUAAGACCACCCGAUUGGCAACUGUGCAAAAUAUGUAGAGACAUUUACAGUCACAUGAACGAACUAUAUGAAAAUAGUUCCAUCAAUGGGAAGGAGGAGUUCAAAAGAUAUGUGGAGGAACACUUGCAUGGAAAACAGACAAUCUUGGUGGGGAACAAACUGGUGAAACCUGAACAGGUAGUCCUCCACAGGCAAAGUAGUGUGGAGCCAGGCAUGUAUACACUGGAGCACACGUUCGAGGAGUUUCUGCCACUGUUUGAACUAUUUGGCAUGAAUACAAGAAUUCAUGGUAAACGCACCUUGAUUAUAAUAGGAAUACUGGCAGGGAUUGUGCAUCCUGUGGUGGCAUUUUGUACAAAGUAGUAUGAAAUAUGCAGGUAACGUGCAAAGGAAUACACAUACGUUUAGAUAUAUAUGUACAAGAUCCUCUGCCAUCAACGUCCGUGAUCAGGAACAUAGUAACGCUGCUGCAAAUAAUGUUUAAUAGAAAUCUUUCAUGGGAUAUGUUAACAUAUCAUCCCUGUGGUGUGUGUCAUGGACGUAUAAGAAACGGUGUUUCAUGUUGAUUAAUGUUGAUCCAUGCUGAAGCCAUACUUGUUUGCCAAGUGGCAGGUUACUACUUCCAACUAUAACAACCUUCCAUCAACGGCCUGCAAACUCCCUGGGAGUACAGAUGACAACCAUGCAACCACAGGCCAGUGUAUGAUGUGUUUAACUAUGAUGUCUUUAGAGACCCCUCUGCUCCCUGGCUUUAAUUCCGUAACUGCUCGGCAAAGUCCGGCGGUCAUCGUUGUAUGGUGUCAUUACAUUCUGUGUUAAGGGAUUAGUGGCCCAACUAUUUCAUUCUCUUGUGAUCUAAUGGCACUCUCAAAUCAUGUAUUCAUGUAUUGAAAAUGUUUUUGUAACUAUGAUGUUCAAACAUUAGGGGUAUUUAUAUGUACUCUCAGAUAUUUCUCAUGUAUUUAUGUAAUUUUUGCCUCAUCAAUAAUUGUAUAUAGCUUGUUGUAAAUCUGUAAUGAUAUUGUUGGAUGGCUUAUAUUCAGCACUUUAUUUUGAUACUUUCAUUUCAAUAUGGAUGUAGUAGUUGGUUUGCUUUUCGUGUUUUCAACAUGUUUAGAAACACAGAAUGGCUAAGUACCCCAGUCUGUGGUUUUCCUCGGUUGCGCAGCAUAUUCAUACUUCUGUCGGGUUCUUGUGUCUUUACCCACCAGGAUAAAGACACAGAACUUGUUCUGAUUUUUUUCUGGUUGUACUGAACUAAGAACUUAGAAGCUAGAGUUUCGAAAGCUCAAUUUUUCUAGUAAUCCAUGGAUAAUCAACAUUGCCGUGAUUGUCUAGCUAUUUUGGAAUUUUAGUAUUACCUCAUUCAGUCAAAGUGAUCAGUUGAUCAUACUAGCUUGAUUUUCAGACGUACUCGACAAUGUUAUAGUUAUAGGAGGCUAUAAGCAAAAUUGUUCACUUAAAGGUCGACAGAUAUCGUUAACAUCGUUUGCUUUUGUCAGACAGUUUAUACUUUCCAAAGAAAUUAUUUCGAUACAAUUAUCAAGCUUCUGGCUUAAAUCAGGCAUUUUGUUUAAAACUUUUUGUCAUGGCAGAUAGUUAUAGUAAUACCACUGAUGGGUAUACUGACAUCAUUUUUUGUCCUUUUCAACCAUGGAUCCUACUGUUUACAACCUCUGGAUGAUUGUCAACCUCCCACAAUACAAUACUCGUCUAUCUCCAUGAUUACUUUGCUAUCUCAUCUGCUAGAAAUACAUAUUGUUUUAUGUGAGCAUUAUGUAUAUUGACCAUGUAUUGUAACCAAAGAGGUUAUUGGGGAUAUAGUAUAGGUGGACCAAAGGUGGACCUGUGAUUGAUUAGCUUUGCCACUGUGAAGGAUUGGUACGCUCGCCACAUUGAGUAGCAAGGUAUGGUGUAUUGUUUUAGAGGCUUGUAGACAUGUUACUGAGCUAGCAGGGGCCAGAUUGUGUAUAGCUACCUCAAGGCAUGAGAGAGAGUUUUGUUUUUGCGAGCUGAGACGGGUCCAAGAUGUUCACACUUACUAGGUCUCUGUAUUGACCAUGUCGGUCUGUGACAUUCCUGCCAGUGAAUCCUGUGAUGUAUUCGACCAUGUCGGUCAUUUGUGAGAGACAGGAAAGUGGAUCACUGUUAGUCGACACAGACUGAGUCUGUGCACAAUCUGUCGUUGGCUAAUGGUAACUGAUCAGAAUAUGUUUGUUACCAGGAUCCGGAUUGUGUCCGAUUGGUAGAGUUUCUGUAUCACGAUGAGUUUUCACCUAUUUUGCUUUGCAAUAUAUAUGUUAGUUUGCCAGAUUGUAAUCGAAAUUGUGUUAAUAUUGAAUAAUUGUAGGUUUUGGUAAUAAUAAAAUAUUCUUAAUAGU